AUGCAUACGACCUUUCUCUUCACCGUGGCAGCUGCUAUCGUACUCCCAUUUUUCGUCUCUGCAGCACCAACGCUCGACAGUCGACAGAGUGGCGCCUUCGGUGGCGUCUUAGGCACCACCGACGAUCCGAACGAUAGCUCACUGCUUGACAUGUACGCCAGUCCACCGGCGUAUGCAUCGAGCGCUGCCGCCUCAGCCGCACCGAGCAGCGACCCGGGCAUCAUCAGCGCCAACAGCCCCGGUGCCGAUGUCGAGGGCGAAGACGAAUCCAUAAACUCCCAGCAGGUACAGUGCUCCAGUACGAACGACUGCGUCGGAUUCUGCACACAGCAAACAGCAAACGAUCCAGACGUACAUCAAUUCGGCUUAUCGACGUACUGCUUUCAGGGCGGCAACAGCGCAGGACAGCUGGCUCCCGUGGGCAUCUGCCAAUGUGGCAGCGCGCAGGCUGUGGACCAGAUCGUUGCUGGGCUUGGUGACGCGAUCUGCAUUGCUCUCAAUGCUGGGCUGAACCUAGGUGUGGAGGUCGCGGCAGACUUGAUCCCUGUCGUGGGUACGGAUGGCUCGGUCAUUCAGGGGUUGUUCAAGUAUGGGCGGAACACUGUCAAGAAGGGGGCAAAGAACUGUGAUAUCAAUGUCUGUCCCGGUCAUGUCUUCACGGUGGUCGAUCCAAACAAUCUUCCCAACCCGGGCGAUAUCUUCUGCGACUCCGACUGA